UCGUCGUCUUCAUCAGCAUUAUCAUUGAAAAAUCAUCGAAAUAAUGAUGAAAUUUUUAAAAAAUCAUCAUCUGAAUAUUGGCCACAAUCAGAAUUGCCUAUGUUGACAAAUAAUGAACAUCAUUCUCAUUCAUCAAUGAUACAGGAUCAUUAUUCGGAUGAUACACCAUUUCAGCCAUUAAGAAAUUCAAUGCAACAAGCCGAUUAUCUUAUGACCAGUGUUAAUCAAGCUUAUUUGAAAGGCAAAGAUAUCAAUGUUAUGCCUGAACAUAAUAAACCGAUUACAUUACAUUAUCGUACACAUGCACAACCAAUUGUCGUACAUCAAACACGACUUCCAGGUCCAAAAUCUGAGGUCAAAUAUACCACAUCACAUGAAGAUCCUCAACGCGUGGUACAUGAAGUAAUUAGGCCAAUUAUUCAAGAGGUUCAUGAAAUUAUUCAGCCAUAUAGACGUGUAGUGCAACAGGUACAGCCAGUCAUUGAAGAGGUUCGUACAAUUAUUGCAAAAGAUGCUGGUAAAUCAUCUGGUGGUGGUAUGGCUGAUCAUGGAUCAUCAUCAUAUUCAGCAGCAGCGGCAGCAGCAUCAUCAUCACAGCCACAAAUGAUUUCUAAUCAUAAACCUAUGCAACAACAACAUUAUCAAAGUAUUUCUGGACCAUCGAAUGAAAUUUUUCGUCAUUUAAGCCCAAAAACCAUACAAUCAUAUCGAAAAGCAAUGUAUGAACAACAACAAAAUGCAAAAUCUUCACCAGAUGAUGAUCAUGUAUUACCGAUGGCAACGACAAAUAAUAAUCAACAAAAUAAUCGUUUCAUUCGAUCAAGGGUAUAUAUGACGCCCAAAGGUGUUCCAGUUUAUCAAUCCAACUAUAGACCUCCAGUUUAUUUAAGUGCAUAAUCAUUAAUAAUAAAUCUAUUGAUGAUUGAAUUUUCAAUCAUCAAUUUUAUUGAGUGGUAAAAAAAUUUUUUUCCGGAACACUCUGAUCAUCAUCAUCAUCAUCAUCAUGACAAUAUCCACCAUACAUUCAUUUGGU